UUCCAGGGUUCUCUAAAUAUACCCAUACCUCCCAACCGUCGCGGAUCCGGCGGGACAGUCAUUGCAGUGGCUGUCCCGGUACGGGGGAGGAAUUUUGGUUCUCAAUUAUGGAUUCAUGGAGUGCCAGUGAGAGAUCAGUUACACCAGAAUGUGCAUCAAUGAUUAUCAGAAGACAACAGAAAUUAUUUGAUCUUAAAAGUACAUAUAUCUGUUUUAUUGGUUCUCUCACAUUCUUGCCAGUGUGCCACUUUGCAUCCUUAGAAGUUACAGGACAGCUGCAUAAAGAUGUUCUCCUGCCAUGUACAGUCACCUACAAGGAGCAGUUUGAUUACAGUCACAUUGUAAUUCACUGGCAGCGAUCAGAAAAUGAUGAUGUGGUCCAUAGUUUCUAUGAUGGCUCGAGCCAUCUUGCUUAUCAAGCCGAUUCCUAUCAAGGUAGAACCGAGAUGUUUUAUGACUUAUUGCCUUCGGGUAAUUUGUCGUUGCUUUUGAAGAACCUGCUCAUGUCAGAUGCUGGAUCUUACGCUUGUCACAACAUACUAAAGUCUUCAGGAUUCACCAUGCAAUAUGUGAUCCUUAGAGUUGAAGAGAGAAGUGAUGACCAGAUUGAAGAAUAUAAGUUUCUAUCCGAACCAACAAUUGCUAUUUGUCUCAUCAGUGUGGCUUUCAUUUUGGGCUUUGGUCUCCUGCUAUUUUUUAAACUGAGAAAAACAAGAAAUGAAAAAGAUGAAGAAACUAUGUCCCUCAUUAACAACCCAUCAGGAUGUAUAUUACAAAAGUAUAAAAAACAUUUGACCUCCAGUGUACGUAAAGAUUAUUCUGAUCAAAACAGAAGAUUAUUUGUGAAUAUACAUAGUUUCCUUGAGUGUUCUGGAGCAAAGAACAUAUAUAUAGGAGACAAGUCAGAGGCUAUAAAUGCAGAAGACCUUUUUACACCAGGAAAACAGAGGUUUUUAUCCAGAAGAAUGGUUCUAGUGGGGGAUGCAGGGACAGGAAAGAGCUACUUCUGCAAAUGGCUACAAAAUAAAUGGAUACAAGAACACAUUAAGAUGUACAAAUGUAUUUUGCGUAUAUCCUGCAAAAAAAUAAAAAGUAAUAUAAUGAGUCUGAAGGAAAUAUGUGACAAAAUAUAUAACGGCCUUUCUUCAAUUCUCACGAUGGAUGGUGUACUUCUUAUUUUUGAUGAACUUGAUGACCUUGUGCAUGGAAAUGAGGACCCAAGCUCAAAUCAGGAGUAUGACAUGAAUACCCCUUUAAACAUAUACACCUUGUUGGAAAAAAUCAUGACAAAACAACUUGUCCCUAAUACAGAUGUUUUAAUGGUUUGUCGCUUUGACUCUUUGAUUGACUUACAGGAGAAAUGCAACUCUGAAUUUAUUCUUCUGGACUUUACUGAAGAAGAGACUAAGAAUAUCUAUGAUAGAAAUACCACAAAAGACCAAAAGUUGGGUAAUAAAGAUGAAAGAAUAUCAUGUAUUACUUACACUCCUGCUUUUGUUGUACUGAUGAGUUAUUUAAACGCUGAAAGCAAUCUGUUAAUAUAUGGAGAUUCCAGUCCAUAUAAAAUUCUAACUGAGAUAAUGUUAAAGUGGAGUACUAACUCCAUAGGAAAAAGCAGAGAGAUGAAAAAUAUGUUUAUAAGUAUGGCAAAUGAUUCCUAUGAAAACCUUAUUAAAGGAAAACCAAACCGCAUCAAGCCAUGGAAAAAAUUUCUGAAUUUAUAUAAUUGCCAAACACAGCACAAGUACCAGUGCAAUAUGCUGAGAGACAUGUUAGCAGCUGCACACUGUGUAUGGGAAACACACCGUACAGGAGACUUAACAGAGUGCCUUGAUUUCUGGGUGUUUGGAAACAAUACAAUACCCAGUACCAAUGCAUUGCUACAAUCCAUUGCAGAUGAGCACAAUGCAAAAUUCUAUCAUUUUAUAAGAUUCUUUAUGAGACUUCUGAAAUAUCCAGACUGUGAUAGUCUAUGUGAUAAAACCCACAUGAUGAACAAUAAAACACAAGAGUUACUGUCAGACUGGCUCAAGAAAAGCUUUCAGAAUUAUAAGAAACCUUCUGAAAAGUUGAAAAUCAUCCACUGUAUUUUUGAACUACAUGAUGAGAAAGUCACAAAAGAAGUUAUGUCUAAUAUGAAAAAUGUUGAGCUCUUCAACACUCCUCUAAAUGUUAAAGACAUCCAGGCCUUGGAGUACUGCUUCAAAGGAAUUGCAUUGGAAAAUUUGGACUUGAGGCUUUGUGCUCUUGAAGACAAAGCUGUUCGCCAACUCAGAAGCAUGAUUAAGAAGACCAAAAAUGUCAUGCUUUCCUCCAACCAUUUGACCAAGGAAACAGGAAAAUGUUUAAAAGAAAUUCUUGAAGAGCCUGACUGCAUUAUUGAGAAGCUUUGCUUGGGAACCAAUCAGCUGGGUGCCCAUGGUACUCAGGAUCUUUGGACAGCUCUAGAAAUCAACAAGACUCUAAUCAGUCUAUAUCUAUAUGAUAACAAUGUCACAGAUGAAGGCACACAUGAGAUGGUCGAAUACCUACAGAAAAAUACUUCACUUGAGGAACUACAUUUGUGUGGAAAUAAUUUUGGUGAUGAAGGUCUCACAAACAUACAGAAGCUGAAACACAACAAGAAAGAGCUAGAAGUUGUACUGCGGAUUGUAGAGAAUUUGGAGCUGUUUCAGUUUGUGGAGGAAAAAAUUAUUGAACUGAACAGGACACGAAAAAACUAUCACCAAGAAUAUCUUAACAGCCUGCUUGGCGCUGUCCUGAAGGAUCUGGAGAUGAAGAACUGCAAUAAACAUCCCAAAAUCACAGAGGAGAGCGUUGACAAACUGAUUCAAAUUAUUAAAGAAGAACUUAAGCAUGAAACACAGGAGGAGUAAGAAUAAUAACUCAGGAUUGGGCUAUUUUAAAUUUUUUACU